AUGAAACCCGCCGUGCAACUUCCCGAUCACAACCUACACGAAUCGCCGCACACGCGCGGUAUAACCAUACACGGCUGGACCAUCAACGCCACGACAAAGCCGAUCUCCAGCGCAUCCGAGCUCGAUGCUUUACAGAGUUCGCUGGGAGGUUUGCCGUUGCCGGAGAUGACGUUCGGGAGCAAUGCGUUGGAGCUGGUGCAUGGACCUAGCGGGUGGAAAUAUGUGUUUGAAACGGAGGGCGCGCUAAGAGGCGUGAAGAAUGGCGAGUUGGGCGAGGGCGAUGGAGGUGUGAAGGUCGGUUAUGCGGAUGAGUGGUUGAAGAGCAGGACAGUGCCCGACUCUUCAAUCCCGUUGCCCAAAACAGAACCUACGAAACCGUAUGACUGGACAUACACCACCACAUACGCAGGUCGUUCAGACUCCGAAGAGCCAGCAACGGAAUGGCUACCUCAGGAUCCUAUGACGAGCAACUAUGGCAUUCCUAUAGCAGAGCUCACGCGUCCGGAUCCGAUCCUGUUCUAUGCUGAGAUUCCAUUGUAUGAGGACGAGCUGCACGAUAACGGCGCGUCGAGCUAUCUGGUCAGGAUUCGCGUCAUGCCAACGUGCAUCUUCAUACUCGCUCGUGCAACACUACGAGUUGACAACGUAUUGUUCCGCGUGCAUGAUACGAGGAUCUACCACUCCUUUGCAUCGGCGCCACCCGCCAUCGUACGCGAAACGAGCGGCUGGGAGGCACCAUAUGCUCAUGUAGCACAACGUCUGCCCAAACGAGAUGACAAGACGCCUCUGACAGACCCCAACUUCAUCGGCAAAGUGCUCGCGGAUAUGCCCAAGGAAUCGACGCAGAUCGCCGGUGCGGGCACGAAAUGGCGUGGACUAGGGACGAAGCUCGAGGUCGCGAUGCUGCCGCAGUCUCAAUCAUCAUAA